CGAGCGCAUCCUUCGCGGACGGCGACGGCGACGACGGCGACGACGACGACGACGACGACGACGACGAGUACGACCGACGGACGGACGCCCGCGGGCCCUCGCGAGUGCCGGUCGACCAAUCGCGCCCUGGCCAGGGGAGGACCGGGCCCCGGGCCCCGGCCAAUGGGAAGGAGGCGCGCCGGCGAUUGGGCGGCCGCGGGGAAGGCGUAGCGCGAGUCGGUCCUCGAGGAUGGAAGCGGCGCCCCCGAGCUGAAGGGCGAGCGGCGGACCGCGCCACCGGAUAUCCUCGUUACCGGCGGCCGUCUCGAAGAUGGGCCGCGGGCACCGCGCCGGGGUCUGAGGGUCCUUCCAGGAAACGCGCGGCGACUUCCGAUGCGAUAACGAGGGGCGGCACGCAGCAGCCCGAGGAGCAGAAGCCGCCGGGAUGGCGGCCAAGGCGUACGUCUUCCUCGGGGUCUUCGGGAUCCUGGGAGUCGCGGCGACCGAGGGUCGCUGGGUGCAGCUCGACCCGGCGGGGGCGGCCGUGGUGGCGGGCCUGGGCGAGAGGCUGUACCUACGGUGCCAGCCGGAGUCCGAGGGCGACGAGGUGCGCUGGUACAAGGAAGGCGAGCCCUACCGCGAGGGGUCGCGGCGCGUCCGCCUCUCCCGACACUUCCUCAAGUUCCGCCACGUCCUGUGGAGCGACGCCGGGGCGUACGGCUGCCGGCUGGAGGACGGGAACGGCGUCGUCCGCUGGAGGAACGCCUCGGUGGACGUGACGGAGACCGACGGCGCCGCCCUGGGCCCCGUCCUCGGCCCCGUCCUCGGGGGCCUGCGACCCCCGCCCGAGGAGACCAACGAGCUGGACGCCGUCGACGUCCCCGAGAGCCGGGCGCUGCACGUCGACCCGGACUCCGGCGACGCGGAGCGCCCCGGCGAGCGGAACCGCACCGCCCCCGAGAGCCCGCCCGCCUUCAACAAGACCGAGGACCUCCACGGGUCCAUCGUCAAGCCGGCCGGCAACAUGCUGCGCCUCCGCUGUCCCAGCGUCGGCAACCCCCGGCCCAACAUCACCUGGCUGAAGAACGACGAGGAGCCCCAGCGGAGCCUCGGCGUCGUCGUCCGCAACAAGUGGACCCUGCGUCUCGAGGACCUGGUCGUCCAGGACGGCGGCAACUACACCUGCGUCGUCUGCAACUACCUCGGCUGCAUCCGGCACACCUUCAAGGUGGACGUCAUAGAAAGCGUCAAGCACCGGCCGAUCCUGACGAGGGCGCCCAGGAACGCGACCGUCCUGAUCGGCGGCAACGCUAGCAUGACCUGCGAGGUCCUCUCGGACGCUCAUCGUCAUCUCGAAUGGUACCACGGAUAUCACGGUUCCUUUGACACCGUCAACAAGACCGAGCGAAGCUUCCGGGUCGAGGUCAAGGCCGGGGAGGCGGAGAAUCCCGAGGUCCUCAAGCUCUACAACGUGACGGAGAAGGACGAGGGCUGGUACACCUGCAUCGCCCAGAACACCCUCGGGGAGACCUUCAGCAGUGCCUACUUGCGCGUCGUCGAAUCCCUCGAGGAGCAGCGGGUGCCGGUCCCGUCGAGGCCCCAGAUCCUCCUGGUCAACAGCCUGGUGGCCGUGCUCUGCGUCUUCUUCGCCGUGGGCGUGGUCGUGGUCAUCUACAUCUUCCAUCGCCUGAAGCGCGAGAAGAUGAAGAAGCUGCUGGCGAUAGAGACGGCCCGCGCGGCGGUGGUGACGCAGUGGACCAAGAAGGUGAUCGUCGAGAAGCAGAGCCUCGUGGCCGGGCAGAACGCCCAGGAGCCGCUGCUCAUGCCGGUGGUCAAGAUCGAGAAGCAACGAUCCGCGAUCACCACCGAGGACAACAGCGCCGGGAGUAUCUCCGAGUACGAGCUGCCCCUGGACAGCGCCUGGGAGCUGCCCAGGGACCACCUGGUGCUGGGCAAUACUCUCGGCGAGGGCGCCUUCGGCAAGGUCGUCCGGGCCCAGACCACCGCCUCCAAGCCGGGCAUCCCCGGCGUGGUGGCCGUCAAGAUGCUCAAAGAGGGCCACACGGACGCGGAGAUGAUGGACCUGGUCUCGGAGAUGGAGAUGAUGAAGAUGAUCGGCAAGCAUGUCAACAUCAUCAACCUGCUCGGGGCCUGCACGCAGGGCGGGCCCCUCUUCGUCGUGGUGGAGUUCGCCCCCCACGGGAACCUUCGGGACUUCCUCAGGGACCAUCGGCCCUCCUCGGGCUACGAGCCGACGAUCGGCCAGGUGGUCAAGGAGCGACAGACUCUGACGCAAAAGGACCUCGUCUCCUUCGCCUACCAGGUCGCCCGCGGCAUGGAGUACCUGGCCAGCCGAAGGUGCAUUCACCGGGACCUGGCCGCCAGGAACGUCCUCGUUAGCGACGAGUACGUCCUCAAGAUCGCCGACUUCGGCCUCGCGAGGGACAUCCACUGCCACGACUACUACCGGAAGACGACCGACGGCAGACUUCCGGUCAAGUGGAUGGCUCCGGAGGCGCUGUUCCAUCGGGUGUACACGACCCAGUCCGACGUGUGGUCCUACGGAAUUCUCUUGUGGGAGAUCAUGACCUUGGGUGGGACUCCGUACCCGUCCGUGCCGUCGGUGGAGAAACUCUUUCAGCUGCUCCGAACCGGCCAUCGCAUGGAGAAGCCACCCUGCUGUUCCAUCGAGAUAUACAUGCUCAUGAGAGACUGCUGGAGCUACCAACCCAACGAGAGACCCAUGUUCGGGGAACUGGUCGAGGAUCUCGACAGGAUACUCACCAUAACUGCCAACGAGGAAUAUUUGGACCUGGGGCUCCCUCAGUUGGACACGCCACCGUCGAGUCAGGAAUCCUACGACGCCGAGAACGACGUGGUCGGCGGCGAAGACGGCGAAGACGACGACGAGGACGACGACGAGGACGACGACGACGUCGACGAGGACGGGAAAGAGAAGUUUCCCUAUCUCCUGUGAAGAGGCGACGUCUCUCCUGGAAAUCGACUGAAAGAGAAAAUCGGAAAUCGAGUUAUCGCGUUAAGUGUACAGUCGUUGCGAUGCCUCGACAGAGAUCGGUGUCAGCAUUCUUCUGGGAAGGUAACCGCCGAUAGAGAAACGAUCAGAGUUAUCGUUCGACUAUCGGUCAAUCUUGUACAUUCGUCCUGACUUGCGGUAUAGCGGAGAGACUCAAGUUUUGUACAUUUAACGUCUCGGGUGUGCCCAACGAACACAGGUCCGCGUAUAAUUCGUUAGAAAAAAAAGAAAAAAACAGGCGUAAACGUUUCGCCUUAGUACUUGGCGCUAACGAGAAACGAUCUUUUAUCCCGGGUUUUAUGAUUCAAAAUGCGGAAGGUACUAUCGACCGACCCUCCGGGGUGACUUAAAAAUUCACGGGGGGGAGGAACGUUACGACGCGAAACGAGUGCGUUUUUUAAGCGACGUUACGUGAUAUCGACGGCCUCGUUGGUUCGGUAACGACUCGUGUUUGUUGGGUAACUAGUCAAUUUGUUAAAUCGUUUGCUCGGCGAUGGCGAGUAGCGAGCAUUAUCGUAAUGUUUUUAUACGUGUAGAUACGACGUAAGAUCAUAGCCGUGGGGUAACGAGUGCCGAUUCGGCGCGAAAGGAAUCGAUUAAAGUUCGAUAGGGUGUGAAAGGGUGAAUCGGCGAUUCCGCCUUCGCGAGCCGAGUACUCUUGAAUAUUUAGAGAAAAUUGUGUAAAUAACAUGUUGCAUAGUUGAGGUAUGUAGCUUUAGGUAACUUAUUCUUUGUAAAUUAACCCUUCGAUACCGUCGUUGCUAAACCUCCUCUUUUGUAUUCGUAGGAUUAGUACCUAGAAACCGACGCGAACCGAAGGCUCGGGCGCGCGUUACUUUUGUAUCGAUUAAGAUUAGACUCGCGUAAAACCGUUCGACCCGAUACAAAACCCGUACCAUUGUCCGUACGUUCCGGAAACGCGUGUACGCGGGUUGCGCCAAUAAAGAGAAGUCGGGAACGGAGCGGA